GGCCACUCCAGCCGCGGUUGGACAGUUCUCAGUGCUGAGGUUCAGGAUAGAAUGCUUAUUGAUUUGGUCUGAGAAGGAGAGCCAAGGAAGGACCCAGUUUCCCUCUCACUCUUCUCCUUUGCUUGGGAACUGACGAGAAGGGCAGGAUGGCCACGACCCACUGGGAGCUGUACGAUGCCAUCGUGAUUGGGGCUGGCAUUCAAGGCUGUUUCACUGCCUAUCACUUCACCAAAAAUAAGAGAAAAGUCCUUCUUCUGGAACAGUUUUUUCUCCCUCAUUCCCGGGGAAGCUCCCAUGGGCACAGCCGGAUCACCCGAAGGGCCUACCCUCAAGACUUCUACACCAAGAUGAUGGAAGAGUGCUAUGAAAUAUGGGCCCAGCUGGAGAAUGAGUCUGGGACAAAGUUAUACAGGCAGACAGGAUUACUGAUACUGGGAAGGAAGGAAGAAGCAGAGUUUCGCACCACGCAGGACAACUUGUCUAAGCAUGGUGUGGAACACAAGUAUUUCAAUUGGGAAGAAAUGAAGAGACGUUUUCCAAAUAUUCAGUUGCCCCCGGGACAUGGGGGAAUCUGGGAGUCAUCUGGGGGUGUCCUGUGUGCUGACAAGGCACUGAAGGCCCUGCAGGAUUUAAUCAGACAGCUAGGAGGCGUGAUCCAUGAUGGGGAGAAAGUAACAGAGAUAAAACCCGGGUUCCCAGUUACCGUGACAACCACCACCAGGACCUAUCAAGCCAAAAGCCUGGUAAUUACUGCAGGUCCUUGGACUAACCAGCUUCUCCUCCCCCUGGGAAUACAACUGCCUCUGCAGACCCUUCGGAUCAAUGUGUGUUAUUGGAAAGAGAAGGUCCCCGGGAGCUAUGGAGAGAACUUUCCUUGCUUUGUGGUGGUAUUCCCAGACCUGAUUCCCCACCACAUCUAUGGGUUGCCUGCUGGAGAGUACCCAGGGCUAGUGAAGAUCUGUUAUCACUAUGGUAACAAAGCCGACCCAGAUGAGAGGGACUGCCCCUCAGCAUCUCCAGACGUAGCAGAUGUCCGGAUCCUCAGCGGCUUUGUGAGAGAUUGCUUACCCGGCCUGCAGCCUCAGCCUGCCAUAAUGGAAUGCUGCAUGUACACGAACACCCCAGACAAGAAUUUCAUUUUGGAUCGGCACCCAAAACAUGCCAAUAUUGUCAUUGGGGCUGGAUUUUCAGGACACGGCUUCAAGCUGUCCCCUGUGGUGGGGAAGGUCCUGUAUGAGCUAAGUGUGGAGUCAACCCCGUCCUAUGAUCUGACUCCAUUCCGAAUUAGACGCUUCAAGCACCAGGACAAAGCAUCUCUGUGACCUCCUGGUUAACAUCUUCCUUCCUGAGUCUCCUGUGCUUAGCACAGUACCCGCACAUAGUAGGCGCUUAAUAAAUGUCUUAGUUGAUUAGUUGAAAACUCACUGAUUAAAGGGAGACUUCCCAGGUUGAGGGACAGUGAGACGUAAUUCAUGUCUCCUAUUCUACUUGAUUGAUCUAGGCUCACAUCCCUCUGGAUGACCACUUAAUCCUGCCCCUAAAAGUAGUUCAGACGUCCUGGAGCUGGAAGGAAGCGAUCUUGCACACCAAUUUCUCAAUAGGCAGAGGAGCAGGCCCAGAAGCCCAUAGGAGUGGAGAGAAUUUUCUUUUCUGUUGCUCUUUGAGAACAGAGACAAUCCUCCAAAAGCAAGGCUGGCUUUGAUAUAGAUUUCCUAGAGAAGGGAAUGGGGGUGUACGCAAGGCUCCUUCUGAAUACGCACUAUGUUCUUCUCUUUGUGAUUCCAGUACCUACACAAACAGAACAAAAUAAAUGCUUAUUGGUUGAUUGAUACA